AUGGAAUUCGGCAUUGCUUAUGUGCUACAAUGUUUUCUCCUUUGUUGCUGUUUUGUUACUGUACUAUGUGGAUUUAAGCAUCGAGUGAUCCCUGCCUGUAGUAAAACUGAAGAUGUAUGUAAAUUUGAAUUUGACGUUCAAUACAAAUUCUCCAUGGUUCAUUAUUUCAACGGGUACGCCAGUCCCAUUGUGCUGAGGAACGGAACAUUACUUAGAAGAUUGGUAUAUAAUAGUGAGAAGUUUGUACCUCUUACUCCUCAAGAACUGGAUGAAGUUUUGACCGUCGAUGGUGCUCAUAAACUUCUGUUUAGCAUAAAUGGGGAGAUGCCGGGUCCACCUAUAGUUGUAUAUGAAGGGCAAAUGAUUGAAGUCUUAGUGAAGAACAGUUUGUCUAAUGAAGCUUUCACUAUUCACUGGCACGGAAUGACUCAGAAAAACACACCAUGGAUGGAUGGGGUUCCCAUGGUUACCCAGUGUCCAAUCAGCCCUGGCAACUCAUUUUUGUACAGGUUUAAGGCUGAACCUCGUGGUACCCAUUGGUACCACGCCCAUCAGGGAACAAUGAGAACAGACGGCUUGGCUGGACCUUUGAUCGUCCUCCCACGUGAGGAGAGAUUAGACAUACCGGAAGUAGAGGACGACUUUAUCCUGAUGAUCCAGGAUUGGAACAGGAACAUAUCCUCCUUGGAAAGUGUCCAAAUCCAACUUUCUAAUAUGCAUUUGUACAUAAAUAAUUUUGAUUGCACAAAUGACUGCUUUCAUCCCACCCACACCGCGGACGGAACACUAAUUGGAGUAGUGCCGUUCCACUCAGGUCUCAUAAACGGAAAAGGUCACUUUUACCCCCAUGAUUCGUAUGAACCAUUAUCUCCAGAACUUCCCAUAGAGACAUUCAAGGUAAAACCUGAUAAGUACUACCGCUUCCGGAUCAUCAACGUUGCCAUGAUGUUUACAUUCCGGUUCUCAGUUGAUGAGCACCUGAUCCAUGUCAUAUCUACCGACGGAAAUGACGUAGAGUUGGAGACUGCGCAGUCAUUGAUCAUUUCCAGCGGUGAAAGCUUUGACAUCUUGGUUAAAACAGACGGGAACCCCAAAAGGAACUACUAUGUUCGGGCAGAAACAACUGAAGUUAAAAGCAAAUUAAACGACCAAAUUUAUCCUGGAAGGGCUUUGGCAGUGCUAAGAUAUGAAGACGCACCAGAGAAACUGCCAAAGACGACACGCCAUAAAUGUAGCAAAGAAAAAGUGUGCAAAGUCCUUAAUUGUCCUUUCCAACUGUACCCUGCUGAAGCUAAUAUCCUUUGCAAGUCAACAGCUGACUUCCGGUCUACACAAGAAAUGGUCAGUAGACAAGCGGUUCCACUGCUGCCAUUUGGCGAGAAAAUUCGGGAGGACUUUCUCAACUUUCACUUUACUAAUAAAAGAGGGAGACCUGCCAUGGCAGCCAUUAAUGGGCACACGUUCAAGUCACCCACCUGUCCCCCACAGAUAACAUAUGACCCUCCAGCGCGCACCUGUUUCAAUGACUGCCAGGACCACGACUGUGCGGUUUAUUGUGAGUGUACUCAUACCCUCAAGUACGAUCAGCUGCCACUGAACACGGCAGUACAGAUGGUUCUUGUUAAUACAGACAUAACAAAUGGUGGAACAAAUCACCCUAUCCACAUACAUGGUCACCACUUUCAUGUCCUUAAGAUUGGAUACCCGGAAGUGGACAAAGAAACUGGAUUAAUUGUGCAUGACACAACCGACAUUAAAUGUGCAGGGAAAAAUUGCAAAAGUCCGAGCUGGACACGUGACGAAUGGGCAGGCGGGGACGCUCCAGGUCUUAAUCUUAAGAAUCCUCCUUUAAAAGACACUGUUGUGGUGCCACGCAAAGGUUAUGUUGUACUAAGGUUUCGUCUAGAUAAUCCGGGUUACUGGUUCAUGCAUUGUCACAUGAAAAGUCACCAAAUGGAAGGAAUGACCUUGAUUAUCAAGGAGGGACGUCAUGCUGACCAGGAGAAACCUCCCGAAAACUUCCCAACCUGUGGGGAUUUUACUUGGCCAUACAAUCAGUACAAAGAAAUUGACAAUGGCCCUACAGUUCGAUUAGGUGCAUUAUCCAAUGAUAGCACACAGAAUGAAAACAAUAAAGAGAACCAUUCUACGGGCCCCAUGGGAUAUUUAUCACAGACUACUGUUACAAUCCUGAUCGUUAUUAUUUGUAUGGCUGGUGUGAUACUCAUGGUAGUCUUCAUCAAAAAUUCUACGCAAUUUGUUCAGCAUGAAGGAUCAUCAAUCAAAAAUUGCUCCAACGGGUGUGGAACGGACACGGAACCCCUUUUGUCUUCUAGACCUAAAGUCAGAGUAAAUGGAAGCAUGAAAUAA